AUGCUAUUCAACCUCUUCUCGAUCGCUGCCGUUGCGAUGUUGGCAUCUUCGGUUCCCUCGGUCAUGGCCAAACCCACUGGAUGCAAAUCCGCCCAUAUUGAGAACCUCGUCGUCUUUGGCGACUCGUACUCGGACACUGGCAAUGUGUACCAGUUGUCCAACAAGACUUGGCCUUUGCCCUUUUACGACCAUGGACGCUUCUCCAAUGGACGCGUGUGGUCCGAGCACGUUGCCAAGGCCAAGCACUACAAGCUAAGCAACUACGCCUAUGGUGCCGCCACUAGCGAUUCGACGCUCGUUCAGGGAUACUCCGGUCCAUCCGCUACAAUCCCCGUCCCCGGAUUCAUCCAGCAGAUCGAAUUAUACGCUCCCAAAUCCACUCGCGAGGAUGCUGCAAGGACCCUGUUUGUUGUCAACUUUCAAGGAAACGACUUUUUCUUCAACCCCUCGCUUGACCCCGCAGCUGUGCUUGCCAAGCUGCACGAGGGAAUCAAGCGUCUCGUCGCACUAGGCGCCCGAAACGUUCUCGUGGUUGAGAACAUCGACCUGGGUGCCCUUCCUUAUUUCAAUACCAAUGCAACCAACGCUGCAGCGUUCACAGCCAUUGCCAGGCAGGAACAGGAAGAUUACAAAGGCCUUAAGAAGCAGCUCACGCAGGAAUAUGGUCGCUCUCUUGACUCUCAUCCCUUUUACACCUGCAGCAACAACAGCGUGAAGGUCAAUGUCGGGUACUUGAAUUUAGGCGAGCUCUACAAGCGCCUUUACAAAUCUGAUCAGUUGAAGCGACUGGGCAUCACGGAUGUGGUCCAGGGGUGUGUGAGCAACGACUACAAGACUGAGUGCAAGAAUGCCGGCAAAUACUUCUACUGGGAUGCGUUCCACCCCACAGCCAAGAUCCACAAAGAGAUUGCCGAGGCAGUCCUUCAUCUACUGUAG